CAGGGUAAGGCUGUCACUGAGGAAGGCAGCUAUGUGGGUCCUGGGCCCCCAUUCACAAUUAGAGGAAGGAAUUCAGGAAGUGCUUAUAGCUGCUCAGACAUCUUGGAGCCAAGUUCCAAGCAGGACCAAGCACCUGGGGAGGAGCUUCAUGGCCCCUGGGGCAGCCACCAGGCAGGGAGGCCAUAGCAUAAGGUACAGGCAACGCUGGUCCUCAAGGAGCUCAGGGUAAGUCUUCAGGGCACCUGGUUGUGAGCAGCCGGCCUGAGCUGGCAGCAAAGAGGGCUGGGGAAGGCCUGCGCUGAAGAAGGCUUCUCCAGGCCCUGCAGGGACUGAAGGGGCUGGGAUUCCGGGGGAAGUACACUCUGCUCUAUUUAAACCCCACACUUCCAACAACAUUCAGAAAAGGAGGCUAAGUGCAAAGUGCCCCUGCCCCCAGCUGCUGCUGAAGGCCCUGGCGCCUGUGGUGACCUGUGAGUGGUCUCAACCUUGCCUGGAGCUGACGCCUGCCUUCCUGCCCAUCUGUGUCCCUGCCCCCAGCACAGAGCCAGGGGCUGGGGAGGUAGCAGAUAGGCCCAGUCAAGGACUGGCCCAAGGUCCCUCCCAGGGAGGAGCCAGAUCCUCCUGGUUCCACAGGAGGGGGAGUAUUUUGUCUUUACCCUUAUGCUCUUGAAAUCCGUAGGAGUCGCCAGAGGACCAGGGCUGGCCAGGCUCCCUUCUCCCCACCCCCUCUGCGUCCAGGGAGUCUUACGUCUUCCAGGACAAUGCUCCUUCUAAAAGCUGUCAUGAAGUUGACCACAGCUCUUGGAAGCCGGGCCCAAGGCUUAGAAAAUGGAGAUCAUCUGAGAUCUGAGCAACAGGCCCACUGUGAGGGUGCCCCGCAGCCGAGGGUGGGCGUGACCCAGGGCCUCAGACCAGUGUCUUCUUAGAAAAGACCAAGGGAGGGCGCUGGAGGAGCACCGGGUCCCUGCCAUCACCAAGAGAGCUUGUUGGAUGGGGCGCUAAGGCUCUGGGAGGACCCACAUCUGUUCAGGAGUCAGCUGCCACACGGGCCAUGGAGACGGCAGUGAUUGGGGUGGUACUGGUGCUGUUCGUGGUCACUGUGGCCAUCACUUGCGUCCUCUGCUGCUUCAGCUGUGACUCAAGGACCCAGCAUCCUCAGGGGGCUCCCGGCCACAGCUUCACCGUGGCCACCUUUCACCAGGAGGCUUCCCUCUUCACCGGGCCUGACCGCCACACCCCGCCAGCACCAAGUGCCCGGGACUUCUGGACCUUCAUGUGAGGCCUAGCAGUCCCCUAGGACUGCCCUGAUGUCCCACUUUUGAGUCCUGCCUUCCUGACCUUCCCCUCUGUGUCCUGUGUGUCCUCAUGUCCUCUCAUCUUGGCUUGCUGUGCCCUCCAGCCUGGUGGAUCCACCGUGUGGGGACCAGGUAGGAGUCAGCUCAGAUCUGAAGCUCAGCUGGGCUCUGCCCACAGCAUGGGCUUAGGAAAUGUCCAGGGAGUCAGUGAAAGGACAAGCGUCGGAUUGCGUGGUGGGCUAGCUCUGCUGAUGUACACCUGGCACUGACACGUCACUGGAACUUACUGUAAACAGCGCUUGUGACACUGGUCCUAUUGCCACCAGGGAAGCAGCGCCCCCAAGCGGACAUUUUCAGAAACUGCUUCUUAUCUGCGCCCUGGUUGAGUAUUUUUGCACAUUGCACAGAGCCUAACGCUGAGGCCUGCUCCCUGCCAGCUGCCUGAAAUCAGUCCUGAAAUUCUGAAACCAAGAAUCUGCUUCCUAGGGAAAAGUGAUUGAUUUUAUAAUUGAACAUGCAUAUCUUUUUAUGGGCCUUUCCAAAUCUGGUUUGGAAAACCACAAAAGGAAGCAGAAGAGAAAACGAGAGUCACAGAAAGUACAAGAUGUUUUAUUAGCAGGAAGCCAGAAAGAAGACUUUUUUUUGUUUUUUUCUGAAACAGAGUCUCAAGCUGUUCCUGGGUAGAGUGCUGCGGCAUCAUAGCUCACAGCAACCUCAAACUUUUGGGCUUAAGCGAUUCUCUUGCCUCAGCCUCCCAAGUAGCUGGGACCACAGGCGCCCGCCACAAUGCCUGGCUAUUUUGUUGUUGUUGUUGUUGUUGUUGCAGCUGUCAUGGUUGUUUAGCAGGCCCAAGUCGGGUUCAAACCUGCCAGCCUUGGAGUAUGUGGCUGGUGCCCUACCCACUGAGCUACAAGUGCCACCCAGAAAGAAGAUUUUUAAACAUAUUUUGAAUAAGACUUUAUUUCUCUAUUCUAACAGGUCACUUCUAAGAGAAUGUGAGUGACUUGUGUCACUUAGGAAUGAUAGAGAAAUCACGAAGUGAAAGAUAAUUCCAAAAAAGUUAAAAUGUCACAUUCAGAGCAUGUAACAAAGCUCUUGUUUUCAUCACAAAUAAAGAGCUAUUCAGUUUUU